UUAACAACCUUUCUGGAUAAGUGAUCUAUAACUGGCCCUCACCUGGUGACAACAAGCCUAUGGACUCAUAAGAUGGCUGCGAUUCACGUGUUACGUUAGCAGCUAGUGGUUGGAGGUAACAGGAAAUGUAUGGGUUGCUACCAUUCCUCUAAAGUCGCACAUGUACCUAUAAAAUACCAUUGAUAAAAGGAUCGAAUUGCAUAAGCAUUGACAGUGCGUUAGGGCCGAUCUGUGUUUAAAACCACCCUUUUGCUUGGUUGGGUGUAGAUUAGUGUGACACUACACAGGUGUAGAAAGGUUCAUACUGGUCUUCAUUGUACAGUUCAAAGUCCAUGUUCAUCCAUGGCUGGGGUCCAAACUGCACCAACUGUUCAACAAUUGUCAAAAUCAUAUCCUGCAGACAAAAUUACCCUUGAUAUUUGACAAGAUUGUGCAAUGUUGGAGUUGGAUUUUUUUUUUUUUACUGAAUAAUGUUUGAUAAAUGAAUAAAAAUGGAAUUCUUCAAAAAUCACCAAUUAAAAACUUAAAUUUAUUCUAACUUGGACACAAGUAAAAAAAAAAUCAGCUAUAAGAAAAACAUAACAUUUUGGCUUUGAAUUUGAUACCAUGAAUCAAAAUUAGUUUAAGAAAAAUACUAAAACUCCAAUAAGCCUAAAGUCGUUUGACUUUAAUAAAGCUAUUAGCCUAUAUGCCAGCCACCCUCUACUUCUUUAUUUCACAGAACAGAUUAGUGCAACAGCAAUUUGUCCCCAUGGUGAAGUGCAUUGUGACAGCGGUGACAUCUGCGCCUUUCCGAGGCUUCAGUGGCACAAUCCUUCAUGAUUCUCUAGCUGGAUUGUUGUGGUUCUCUCCAGGAAGUCAGCUAGAAUGUGUUGUGCUGUCACAACACCAACUAUGAUCUACAGAGGAUGCAAGUGAUCAGACUGAUCAUCAACUCUGAUCUGACAGAUGGCAGAAACCCUUUGAAAAACACAUUGAGUGCAACCCAGCACAGAAGUGAGGUUUACUGCUGAAAGCAGACAUUCAAAGAGAUUCGUACCUUUUGGCAAACCAACCUGCAACAACUGGGUGGGUGCAGGAGGCUGUGGGCAGCAGGCCAUGGAUAUGAGUGAUCCAAUUUCCAGCUCUAAAUUAGCAACACUUAAAGUCUGUGUUCUAUCAGGCAGGAGAUGUGGCUCAAUACCAAUAAACAACGUGGGACAGCUUGGCUAAGUUGAGAUCUCUUUGCCAAUGGUUUUUUGGCAGGAAAUGGGAGGUUUAAACCUCAAACUUCAACUUGAGACUGUUUGCAGCUAGCAACACUUUAUGUAGUAUGAUAGAAAAUUGUAUUCCUCCCAAUCCUCUCCCUCUAUUUUCCUGUCUGUCAAGUUUCUCCUGCCCUCAGAUGUUAUGCUGAUCAAUAAUUAAACACACUACUGGGAAUUCCACUCAAAGCUUUGUGCAUUGCUAACAAGCAGGCAGAGUUUAAUCAAAAGGAGUGAAACCUUUCAGUCUUAGAAACAGUGACUACUCUUCUUAGGAAUGGGUAGCCAAUCGAGGGCUCUCCUUGGUGGGUUUGGGACAACCACCUCCUCCCUGGAGGUCGGGGGUCAAAUAGGCUGGCCAAGCAACAACCCACUGGACUUUAACCAAACCGUGCCAUGGGGAAUUGGAGGUGCAAGUGCUGCAGCCAUGAGUUUUGGUUUGGACAAUUUAACCACGCAGGAGUCGGUCACCAAGACUGUGAUCAAGGAAAAAAACUGGCCAGCGCUGCUGAUCCUCGUCAUCAUCGCACUGACGGUUGGCGGAAACAUCCUGGUGAUUCUGGCGGUGUCUCUGGAGAAAAAACUUCAAAAUGCCACCAACUUCUUUCUGAGGUCACUGGCUGUAGCAGACAUGCUUGUAGGUAUCCUGGUCAUGCCGAUUUCACUCAUCAACAUCCUCUACGACUAUGCCUGGCCUCUACCCACCACCCUUUGCCCAAUCUGGAUCUACCUGGAUGUCCUGUUCUCCACGGCUUCCAUCAUGCACCUCUGUGCUAUCUCCCUGGAUCGAUAUGUCGCCAUCCGCAACCCUAUUGAGCACAGCCGCUUCAACUCCAGAACCAAAGCCAUGAUGAAAAUCGCUGCCGUCUGGACCAUAUCGAUAGGCGUGUCAAUGCCCAUUCCAGUGAUUGGUCUCCACAACGAGGACAAGGUCUUUGUCAAUGGCAGCUGUGUCCUCAACGAGGAGCACUUCAUGCUGAUUGGUUCUUUUGUGGCCUUCUUCAUCCCCCUUGUCAUAAUGGUGGUGACUUACUGCCUCACCAUACAGGUGCUCCAGAGACAGGCUACAGUCUUCCUGUAUGAAGCAAAGUCUUCUUCCCAGCAGCCUUUGAGCACACCCGCAAUCACACUGCAGCCUCCACCGAGCCCAUUCAACCUUCCACAGAUCAAUACACUUGCUCCUCCAGACUCACAAGAACUUAAGCCCCCACCUUUCCAGAGCAGACGAAACACCCUGAGCUGCCUGAAAGGCCCAGAGCCCACCCUUCUGCUCACUGCUUCCACCUCAGACAGCCUUAGCAUCAUUCCUAGCUCCGAGGCCGCAUCGCAGCUCAGCUCUCCUGCCACCGGGCCGGGCCGAACUGAUGCAUCAGGUUGCCACGGGAGACGAGGAAUGAUGCAGGCCAUAAAAAAUGAGAAGCGGGCCUCCAAGGUCCUUGGAAUUGUCUUCUUCCUCUUCCUUGUCAUGUGGUGUCCAUUCUUCAUCACCAAUGUCACUUUUGUCUUGUGCCGUGACUCGUGCAAUGAGUCACUGCUUCAUGAUCUCCUAAAUGUCUUUGUCUGGGUGGGUUACAUCUCCUCCGGGGUCAACCCUCUGGUCUACACCCUCUUUAAUAAGACCUACCGGAGAGCCUUCUCCAACUACAUAAGGUGCCAGUACAAAGUCGGGGCCAAUGCGGUAGGACAAGGCGGAAAAUCCUUCCUCACGCCCCAGCAGUGCCCAUCACAUGCCGUUACCCCUCUGCUGACGAGCAGCCAUGAUAAAGCUGGGGUGGACCGCAACAGUAACUGUCGCAAUGGCAGCAGGGGAGAUAAUGGGAGGAUGACGGUGGACCCGGAGGACACAACAGAUGAUGGGACGCAAAUCGGAUUAGUGUCACAGAGCCUGUCGGAAUGCCACAACGCUGGCAUGCUUUCAGAGACGGAGCCAGAAACGGAGAUUGAGCAGGAGCUGUCGCUCCUCAGCUACCCUUCCCCCAGAGAACACACAAGCAGCGUGUGACUGCAUGCUCACCCUUGUUCAGUCUUCAUUUUGAACAUGGCUGAGCUUUUUUACCUUGGGGCUUUUGUUCGGAGAGUCACUGAAGUGCACUACUUUAUCCACAUGUCAAAGAAGAGUGUUGAAGAAAAACCGACAUUCCAAAUUUUCUGUUGUUAGUUUUGCCAAAAUAUUAGGUUUCAUACCAUAAAUGUCAC